GCCCCCUACUAGAGGCACAUGUUUCAUUGCUCCCGAUACGUGGAUUACAUUUGGCUUUGGUUUAACUGGUAGGCUACUCUCCAAAGCAGAAUGCCCUCUGUGAAGAAAACAAAACGCCCCAGAGCUGCACUGAGACUUGGCCGGAAACGAGGCAAGCAGCCCUCUUUCACCGUCACCGAAGUGAAGAAGCAGAAGCAACCAAGGAAGGAGUUGGAUGAGGAGAUACAGAGUGACUCCGACUUAGAUGAAAUUGAAGGCAAGCCAGGUGCAAAAGAUGCGGAUGACGAAGAAGACUCAGACAUUGAGACUCCUCAGGAGAAAAGACUUCGACUCGCCAAGGUUUACUUGGAGGAAAUUGAAAGAGAAGAAAAAGAGCGAUUGGAGGCACAAGAAUUGCAGGAAGAUGCCAUUUCCAGUCGCUUGAGAGAUGAGGCCUUGGAGCAGGCUGGGAAAUUGAGAAAGAAGAUAGCAAGCACUUUCCUUGGGGUUGAUGAGAAUGCCAUACGCACACUGCGUUGUAAAGAGCAGAAGUUGCCCCUCACUUGCCUUGUGAUCUCAAGUGAUGACAAAUUCAUUUACACAGCUUCCAAAGACCAUGUGAUUGUCAAAUGGUGUCUGGAAUCUGGAAAGAGAGAAAAGACCAUAGGAGGAAGGAAGCAGGGAAAAGCUGGAGAGGGACACUCUGCUUCCAUCAUGUGUUUAGCCAUAUCAGAUGACAAUAAGUUUCUGGCAUCAAGUGGUCUUGACAAGCUGAUAAAAAUCUGGGAUCCAGAGUCCCUGUCCCAUAUUCACACAUUCACUGGACAUAGAGGACCUGUUUAUGGUCUAGCAUUUCCAAAGGGAUCUCAUGACCUCUACUCAGCAUCUGCAGACCGUAGCAUCAAGGUCUGGAACAUCAAAGAGAUGACCUAUGUUGAAUCUCUAUUUGGGCACCAGGAUGCAGUGAUGGCCAUUGACACUGUGACAAGAGAUAGGGCUGUCACAGCUGGAGGUCGGGACGCUAGUGUGAGGUUAUGGAAGAUCGUUGAGGAGUCUCACCUCAUCUUCAAUGCUCAUCAGGGCAGCACUGACUCUGUGAGGUUUAUUGAUGACCACCAUUUCAUCUCUUGUGGCGAGGAUGGAAAUAAUCAGAGCAUUGCCUCUCCAGCAGGAUCGCAUGAUGGCAAGAUCAAAGUAUGGGGUUGUGAUGAAAAGUUCCACUCUCUCAAUCUCCUGUUUGACAUACCCAUCAAGGGCUUUGUGAAUGGGAUUCAAUUCACAAAAGAUGCCAAGUACCUGGUUGCUGCUGUGGGGCAAGAGCAUCGACUUGGGCGGUGGUGGCGCAUCAGCUCUGCCAAGAACUCUCUUGUUCUUUUCCCGCUCUGUCAGCAAAAGCAAUGA